AUGAAGCUGGGCAGCUUGAGACUUGUCUUGGCUGUGGCUGCGGCAAAGGGAUGGUUCCUCAAGCAAAUUGAUGUCAAUACCGCAUUCUUGCAUGGCAACUUGGAUGAGGAGGUGUACAUGAAACCACCUCAAGGGUUGGACGUCAAAGCUGGCCAAGUGUGCAAGCUUGAAAAGUCACUUUAUGGUCUAAAACAAGUAAGUCGACAGUGGAAUACAAAGCUGAAAUCUGUUCUGGUUGAGUUGGGUUUUGUUCAGUCAAAGGCUGAUUAUAGUUUGUUUACUAAGCAAACUGAAUUUGGAUUCACCGCAUUGUUGGUUUAUGUUGACGAUUUGAUAUUGGCUGGAAAUGAUUUGGGAGAAAUUAAUGCUGUCAAAACAGUCUUAAAUGAUAGGUUCAAAAUCAAGGACAUUGGAGAUUUGAAAUUCUUUAUUGGGAUGGAGGUUGCGCGAUUAAAAGAGGGCAUUCUUCUUAAUCAAAGAAAGUAUGCUAUGGACAUCUUGAAGGAUGCUGGUUUUGAGAACUGCAAGCUGCUUCUAUCCCUAUGGACUACAUUGAGUCAAUACCUUGACCACCCCACUACUUCUCACCUCAGUGCUGUCCAUCGAAUCCUCAGAUACAUCAAAGCUUCACCUGCCACUGGCAUAGUGUUCUCGACCACCUCUGAUCUCUGUGUCACUGGAUUUGCUAAUUCCAAUUGGGCGGCAUGUCCUGAUUCAAGAAGAUUUGUGACAGCCUACUACUUUUACAUUGGCACUUCCCUGGUUUCAUGGAAGAGCAAAAAGCAAGUGACAGUUGCUUGCAGUUCAGCCGAAGCUGAAUAUCGAGCGCUUGCCACUGCUACUAAGGAGGCUAUUUGGCUCAGUUUCAUUUUGAAGGACUUGGGAAUGCCUCCACCAAGCCCAUUAGCACCUACUGUGACAGCCAAUCUGCAAUUCACAUCGCCUCCAACCCGGUGUUGCGGACAUUCUGACCAAACCGCUGCCUCCGUCCAUAUUCUCCACACUCUUUGGCAAGUUAAGACUGGUCAACUUACACACUCCUAA